AUGGUGUUGGUGACGGCGCCGCAGCGCCUGCCCGUGCGUAUAGAGGGCAUUUAUGCAUCUAUCCUGCAAUUAUCAGGGGUCGUAUACGACGGCUACAAGCUGGAUAUUUGCCUGGGAACUGAAGAGGGAGAUACAGUAAGCUUCAUUCUUGCCGGUCAUGGAACCUUGGUUGAUGCGAACUCUGUCUGCUUAAUGCCUUCCUGUUCAUUUGCACGGUACCAUCUAGUGAAUGGCAAUGAUUUGAACAGUGGUGGAUAUUUGGUAGAAUUUGGUAAGCGAUAUGGUCUCGUUGAUUCGUCAGUGUGCAUUCUAAGGGUUAAAAUACGCCAUGUACAGAUAGAGCUCCAUGUAAAAAGAAAAGAAAAGAAAAGGCAAUCACCUAUAUCGCUGGAAAAACCGCUCCUCUUCCAUACGCUCUCUAACUUUUUGUAUAAUCGUAUCAUCGUAGACCUCAGAGUGUUUCUUGCCUCCCUUGAGCACUUCCGUCUCAUGGUGCAGCGCUUCCUCCUUGGUCAUGCACACUAG